AGUGUGUUGCUGAGCAGCAGCCAGUCGUGUUUUUCCCCUCACUGAGCUCACUCUCUCUCUCAUCCUCUGCUCCGGCUCUCAAACGCUCUGUUGCUCAGUGAACAGACUAGACCUCUCCUCUCCACUUCUUCUUCUCUUCUGCUACCCCUUAACUCUGCUCUAUCCUCUUCUUUUAUCUGUUUCUUCCUCACAUUUCUUCUUCAUCCCUGCCUGCCCCCCUGCCCACUAGCACUACCACCUUGGUGCCAGGGGCAUUAGUGGGGGUCCCGGCGUGUCUUUUUGACUGUGUGUGUGUGUGUGCGUGUGUGUUUAUGUGAGAGCGUGCCGGUACUGUUUUCAGCAUGGAAGCGGUGGCAUUGUACACGUUUCGUGCCACAGAGGGUGAUGAGCUCAGUUUCAACAAGGGAGACUUGCUCAAGAUCACCAACAUGGAGGAUGAUCCUAACUGGUACACGGCCGAACUGCACAACCGAAAAGGGUUCGUGCCGAAAAACUACAUCAACCUGCGUCCACACGCCUGGUUCGCCGGUCGCAUAUCUCGCGGCGUGGCAGAAAGUCGACUCAGAAACAGAGAGUGCGGCGCCUUCCUGGUCAGAGAGAGCGAGAGUGCUCCUGGGGAGUUUUCCAUGUCUGUCAGUUAUGGGGAUCAUGUUCAGCAUUUCAAGGUACUGCAGGAUCGCUGUAGUCAGUACUACGUGUGGGACGAGGCGUUCUCCUCUCUGAACGAGCUGGUGGACUUCUACCAUAGCAACAGCAUCGCCAAGGAGAGGACGGUCUUUCUGAGAGACCCCGAGCACUUCGCCAGGCGUUCCCAUCAUGCCCAAGCUGUCUUCGACUUCACCCCGCACCACCCGUCCCAGCUACGCUUCCUGCGUGGUGAUGUCAUUGAACUCAUUGACUGCUCUGAUUCGGUGCGCUGGAGGGGCCGUUGCCAUGGACGCGUGGGCUACUUCCCUCCAGAGUACGUCCAGCCCAUUUAUCACUGCCAGUGACCUGACCUCGUGUCAAACAAGCGCACGGCCAUUCCUUCGGGUUCACCGACGAGCCAUCCUGAAAGACACUCACGCUGCUCCCCCGCUCUGCACUCGCCCGUCAACUUCCUGGAGCAAACGACGGAGCUACCACCGAACGACCCGUUCCCUAAACUGAUUCCUCCCAAUGCCCCCCUGUGAUGUCGCCCUUUAAAUCAGCCUUUGCUGCAGGCUCAUCUGAUCAUCUGAUCCUGAAGACUCCACUUUCUCCUCCGAUCCAGACAUGGACCUUUACACUGUGGAGAACUCUCACAUAUAUUCAAAGUCAUACAUACUCCGAGUUAUAAUCAUUUAUUACAGCUCACCAUCUCUUUUAGAAAAGUAACACACAUAAACACUAAACUGAGGGGAAAAGUGUGUGGCCCAUGAAAACUCCUGAAGGAAGGGCAGGCUUGCUCUCUGGCUCAUUUACUCCAGUAUUUUGCCAUCCUUUUCACCAGGAGCUGGACAGAAAGACACAGAAAGUCAUUGUGAGUGUGAACACUUAGAGGAUACUGACACAGCAGAUUCCUCUGUCACUGAGCUGGUGUGUGUGUGUGUGUGUGUGUG